GCUGUUAGUCAUUCGCAGCAAAAACGUCGAGCCGACAGGAAGCCGCCAAAGGAGCGCUCAACGUUGCCAACGUUUCAAUUUGUUGUUAAGUUUUUGCUUAGUUCUCUUCAACUCUUUGUUGCACCUUCAAUUCCCAUCCACAUUCCCCGUCAUCAUCAUCAUCAUCAUCCGUUCAUCCGUUCAUCGUUCGCCGUUCAUCGUUCAUCACUCUUCGUUCAUCCGUUUCUCGUUUUGCGUUUAUCAGUUUUGAUUCUUAAAUCGCGUUCAAGUUUUCAUUUUCGAUCAUCAUCAUUUCGUUGAUACGCGGCACAGUGCAAUGGCCAGUGUUGCCAACCCACCUCCAUCGUCAUCGUCAUCGACAGCCAGCGGUGGCAGCCACAGUCACGCUCAGUCUCACCCACACAUGCACAGUAUACAGCUGCUGCACAAUGCCACGGCUGGGGGCAUGCCACAUGGCUUGGGUCUGCUGACCACGGUGGCAUCGCUGCCGCCCAAGUAUCGCAGUCGCUAUCUGAACAUCAAAACCAAGUGUGAAAUACCAUUGGAUCUGUCAGUGAAACCGCCAUCGCCAGAGCCAGUUGCAUUGCCAUUGCCAGUGGCAGAGACAGAGGCAAGCAGCGAUGUGCCAAUGGCGACCACAGAACCACCAGCAGCAACUGCUGUUGCAGCCGCAAGUGAGGAGGUUGUGCUGCCCCAGGAGGUGGCCCAGGAGGUGGUCGUUAUUACAGAGAAACCCAUAACACCGCCACAAAGCCCAGAUCCAGUUGCAGUUGCAGUCGCAGUUCCAGUUGCAGUCAAGCGCAAGUUGAGCGAGCAAAGCGAAACACAGCCGCCAGCCAAAUUGGCCAAAUCACAAGAGACUUUGCCUGAUGCUGCCACGCCAGCGAAACCCAUUAGGGUCGCAGACACAGCUCCGCGCACCGCCAAAGCAACCACAACAACAACAUCGACAUCAACAUCGACAUCCACAUCGACAUCGAGUGCCAAAUCGACGCGGAACAAAGCGACUCGCAAAUUAAAGUUCGAUGAGGAGACAAGUUCGCCGGUUUCGGGCACAAUUAUACGACCACUGGAGGACAUCACCGAUGGCACAAUGCAGUACAGCAAUGGCGACAUCGAUCCCAAGUACAACAUUGUCGAGAUUACCGACGAGACAAAGGCCGAACUGGCGGCCAUCAAGAACGUAAUUGGCGACUACGUCUGUCGCCUGUGUCGCAUCAAGUUCGACGAUGCUUUUGGUUUGGCGCGUCAUCGUUGCGCCUGCAUUGUGCUGCUCGAGUAUCGUUGCCCCGAGUGUGGCAAGCAAUUCAAUUGCCCCGCUAAUUUGGCCUCCCACCGACGCUGGCACAAGCCCAAAAAGGAGACGACGACGUCGACGUCGACAGCCGCCAAAAAGGAGAACCGCAAUACCAGCAAUCAACAGGAGCAGCCACAACAAUCGAGCUCGAAGAAAUCCACGAGCGAGGAGCUUGCCUUUGGCUGUGCCGAGUGUGGCAAGAAGUUCAAACGUGCCGCAUAUCUGCGCAAGCAUCAGCAGACGCAUGCAAAGAAGACGCAGACAGUGGCAGAGAACGAGGUGGAGGAGUUGGAACAGGAGAUCGAGCCACAGACAGCGACAACCACCGCAACCACAACAAUUACGGGCAGCUUCCAGACGUCUGUCUACAAAUCGCACAGCUCCAGCUCCGCCAGCAGUUCACACUCCUACGCCGGUACCCACGAGGACGAAGGCGUCUAUGUGGCGGGCGUGGCCAGCAGCAGUCACUACGACUACGAGGCUGACUACUUGUCCGACUGCAGUUCGUCCACCUCCUCCGCUGGCUAUGGGCGCCUUCAGAUUGUCGAACAUGGUCUCACCGAGGAGGAGAGCAUCGCAGCAGCUGCUCUCACGAAUCUUCGCAAUUGCGCCUCUGUCAUCCAACACACGACAAUGGCGCAUUAAGUAAGUCAACAAUGGGUUAAUCAUUUUGUUUAUAGUCCUUUAAUUGUUAAGUUUAGUUUCGUAAUUCACACACAAACUGCAGCUGAAACAGACCAAAGAAAAUUAGUUUUUAGAUUUGCAAAUUUCAAUUCGUUUGCAUUUUAGUUGUACUCGGUUAGUUACUAAUUCAUUUCACAAGUUUCUAGUCUUAGUUCUAAACCAAAGAAUGAGUUCAGUUCUAGUCAAAAACUCUCACGUACUUCGAUCAACAUUCCAAUUUGUUGUUGUACUACAAAUAAUACCAAAUAGCACCAAAGACGACAAAUAGUCUAGUCAUCAGCAUUAGGUUAAAAUCAUUUACUUCUAGUCAGUCCAAAUACCAAAAAUACACUUGGCACAAGUCAGCUUCAAUAUGAUCUCAGUGUAGAUAGCUAAAGCCCUUUGGACUCUCAGUACCAGGCCACGCAUUUACACAGUUCGUUUAGUCAGUAAAAUUCUAGUCAUAUCCAUAGAUUCUAGUCAGAAUUUGCAAUAAUUUAUACCAAAGUCAUCAUCACAUAUAUUUUAAAAUAGUUCUUAACCUGCUUUUUCAAACUUUCUACUCCGAAAUAUGUUCAUCUAACAUUCUCAUAAUCAUUUCCUAUCCCUUCAUCACUUCCGACCUUGCAUUUU